AUGAACGGCAUAGUGAGCACGGCGCCGCCCGGCGCCAUGUAUGUCCGAGCAUUAUAUGACUACGAAGCCGACGACCGAACCAGUCUGAGUUUCCACGAGGGCGAUGUCAUCCAAGUCAUCACCCAGCUGGAAAGCGGCUGGUGGGACGGCGUUAUUAACGGUGUCCGCGGCUGGUUUCCAAGCAACUAUUGCCAGCUGAUCACCAGCGCAGACGAGCUGCCAGAGUCCGAGCAAAAUGGCGUCGGCGUGGCCGAUCACGUGGACGAAGACAUGGAGGAGGAUGUCUACGAGGAAGGCUUUGACGAUGACGACGAUGAAGCCGACGAUCUCACCAAUCUUCCUCUGGAGGGAACCGACUCCAACGUGAGCCGGUCUGGUGCCGACUAUUGGAUACCACAAGCAACGCUCGACGGCCGACUGUUUUACUACAACACCAUGACCGGCGAGAGUUGCAUGGAAUUGCCGCUUGAGUCGCCGACACAGAUUGCCGAGAGCGGUCCACGCGAUCGCAUGAACAUCAACAUCCCCGAGCGGACUCGGCCGCCCCCCGAGCUGAUGGCGAGAGGGCUCACACAGAACGAGGACGAAGACUCGGACGCGAAUUCCGCAUCCGAAAUGGAGGGCGAAUCUCUCUUGAUGGGAUCCAGAAGUUCCAUUCUUCGCAACAACAGCCGUUCUUUCACCAGGGAUGGCAUCUCUCCUACCGUGUCAAUGGACUCAUUGAACGGGCAUUCCCCCACCCGAGGAAGAAAUGUAUCAGCCGGCUAUGCUGGUGGUGAUGUCUUCAAUGGCCCGCACAUCCCCCUCACCCAGACGCCCAUAAUAGCGUCGGCGACCUCUUUUACAUCGGCAGCUUUCCCCCUGCCAACUGCCACCGCCAUUCCUCGCUCGUUUUUCGACGACGGCACAGUAAAGUCUCUGUCCUGGAGCCGGCUCGUGAACAGCAUGCGGGACUCCAUUGAUCGCUACCGUGACGCCAUCACGUCUAAUAACCGCUCCGAAUAUGUAGCGCGUGCCGAGGACAUCUCAGAUCACUUGCGCCUCCUUCUUGCCGCUGGGUCUGGAACCACCGACAACCAUUCGGGCCAACCAUCCAUUAUCUCCACAAACAAGGCAUUGUACCCCCACUUCCGGGAUAUGAUGUCGAAGUUCUCCAAGCUUGUUAUCUCGUCUCACAUUGCUGCUGCGGAUUGGCCGAAUGCCGAGUCUGUGCAAAAGUGUCUCCAGGAAGCCGAUGGUGUUCUCUCGGGCGUUUACAGCUACGUCGAGGUUGCCCGCCAGCAACGAGGGGAAGAAAUUCCCCGCCUGUUCCCAGGAUUUAUCAUUGGAAGCAGUACGGGUGGCGGCUGGCAAAAUAACUCUCUGGGGCUUAGCGAUCCCAUCACAUCCAACUUUCUCGAUGACGACGAGGGCACAACCGAGCCAACUGCCACUCUGGACGGCAAGUUAUUGGAGCGGCUGGACGAGUCGAAGCGCAUGCUUGUAUCAAGCAUCCGUGAGCUGGACAAAUACCUUACCAUGACGGACAAGAUUGUGACGCCGUUCAAGCACGAAGUCAUUGGUAACAAUGUCUGCAUAGCUGGUGGGAAGGUGUUGGAAAUGUUCAAGCCGUGGAUAGCCAUGAUCGAAUCGAUCGACCUGUCUGUUCUCGGUAACAGCUUCCAGACCCCGCAACUUGGCGACUUCAGCGCGAACAAACAGAGUCUGUACGAUAACAUCUCCGACCUUAUUCUUGGCUGCCAGGCUGUCGCAGGACCGUUGGCCGACGAGUGGGCAGAGGUUCGUGGCGAGGCGCUGGAAAACCGCCUGGAAUACGUACGACAGUGUGCUCGGGCUCUUGAGACGAACUCAUCCCACAUCGGCUUCUCGCUGCAGCUCCUGUCCGAGCAGGUACAGAUAAACCUGCAGCAAAGGGCCGAGAUGCAGGCUCGUGAAGACCACAUGAUGUCACGCGAAUCAAUGCGUCGCGACGAGUCGGGACCCUACAUGUCCUCGGGCUCGACCAUUGCACCGUCUAUCAGUUCAAUGAGCUCUGCAGCAACAGUGAUUCAUCAAAGGACCGAGUCCCGAGGCAUUGGUUCUCGCCCUACGGUCAUGCAUUCGCAAUCUUACUCCGAAGGCUUGGACUCGCCGCCUCAAACUUACCGCAAGGCUGGCGAUUACUCGAAGCUGAAGAAGUUGCUUGGUGAGGAUCCAUCGCCCCAGGCUAUGGGCGACGAAAUUCCGGACUUUUUGCGACUUGACUACGAAAAUGAUAUCUCUUGGGAUCUGAAGGCACAGCCUCCCCAGGUCAAGGGCGGUUCUCUCUUUGCGCUGGUGGAGCAGCUUACCCGCCACGACAAGCUCGACUCCAGCUUCAACAAUACCUUCCUACUGACCUACCGGUCUUUCACCUCGGCGCGGGAGUUAUUUGAGCUUCUGGUGAAGCGGUUCAGCAUCCAGCCGCCAGAAGGCCUGACAUCGGGCGAGAGCGAGCAGUGGCGCGACCGAAAGCAGAAGCUCAUUCGAUUCCGUGUGGUCAACAUCAUUAAGAACUGGUUCGACAACUUCUGGAUGGAGGACGUGAGCCUGGAGGAGACGAAGCAGCUCAUUAUGGCCGUGUACGCAUUUGCGCGGGACACGGUCAAGUCGACAGAGACGCCCGGUUCUGCGCCGCUUAUGGCAGUGCUGGACCAACGGCUUAACGGCAAGGAUUCUGGUGCUAGACGCCUGAUUCAGACGCUGAACCAGAACACCCCCUCGCCGAUCAUGCCGAAGAACAUGAAGAAGCUCAAGUUCCUCGACAUUGACGUGACGGAAUUUGCGCGGCAGUUGACGAUUAUCGAGUCUCGUCUCUAUGGCAAGAUCAAGCCGACGGAAUGCCUCAACAAGACCUGGCAGAAGAAGGUUGGCGAGGGGGAGCCAGAGCCGGCGCCAAACGUCAAGGCCCUGAUUCUUCACUCCAACCAGAUGACUAACUGGGUGGCGGAGAUGAUCCUGGCACAGACGGAUGUGAAGAAGCGGGUGGUUGUCAUCAAGCACUUCGUCGCUGUUGCAGACAAAUGCCGAGGACUAAACAACUUUUCGACGUUGACGUCAAUUAUUUCGGCACUUGGUACGGCGCCUAUCGCGCGUCUCAAGCGGACAUGGGACAUUGUGCCCCAGAAAUCACAAGCGACCCUAGAGAGCAUGCGGAAAUUGAUGGCUAGCACGAAGAACUUUGGCGAGUACAGAGAGGCUUUGCAUGUCGCAAACCCACCCUGUAUUCCCUUUUUUGGUGUUUAUCUGACGGACCUCACGUUUAUCGAGGACGGCAUUCCGUCCAUUAUCAAGAAGACGAACCUGAUCAACUUUGCGAAGCGAGCCAAGACGGCGGAGGUGAUCCGCGACAUCCAGCAAUACCAGAACGUGGCAUACCUGCUGCAGCCGGUGUCUGAGCUGCAAGACUACAUUUUGAGUAACAUGCAGGCUGCGGGCGACGUGCACGAGAUGUACGACAAGAGCUUGCAAGUAGAACCUCGUGAACGCGAGGACGAGAAGAUAGUGAGGGUUUUGGCCGAGUCUGGUUUCCUAUGA